AAUUCUAUAAUUCUGCUUGAUUUGAAUUACAGAGGAUCGAUAAACACUUUGAAACUGUCUCCGAACUUGAGAGUGAGAGUGAAACCAACUAAGAAGCAGCUGCACUUGACUCACAGCGAUUUAGAGAUCCUAAAACUGGAACGAUUGUUAAGUUUCGUUCGAGAACCGACCGUGUUGCCCCCUCCGAAGGACGUGAGAGUGGAAGCUUAACACGGUCGUAAUUUUUUAAUUACAAUUAUAUUUUAUGCAUUCUAUA